AUGCCCUUAAGUCUCUCACCGAACUCUCUCCAUCCCUCCACACAUCCCUCCACAUUGGCAUUUGCUCAAAUUUUUUCACAAAACUCCAACCUUACACAGCCAUGGCUUCCACACGUGCUUCUCCGGAAGCGACCCGUGACCCGAAUUUCCUGCGUUUCGACCCGACCCAAAAGAAAACCGGGAACGAAGACCGAGGACCCGGAUGUCCGUGAGGUGGUUCGUAUGCUCAUGAGGAGCUUCAGUGACAAAGAGCCCUUGUUGAAGACGCUCAACAAGUACGUUAGGAUUGUUAGAACUGAGCAUUGCUUUCUGCUUUUUGAAGAGCUUGGGAAGAGUGACGAGUGGCUUCAGUGCUUAGAGGUGUUCAGAUGGAUGCAAAAGCAGCGCUGGUAUGUUGCUGAUAAUGGCGUCUAUUCGAAACUGAUUUCGGUUAUGGGAAAGAAAGGCCAAACUCGGAUGGCCAUGUGGCUCUUCUCUGAGAUGCGUAAUAGUGGGUGUCGGCCUGAUACUUCUGUUUACAAUGCACUCAUCUCAGCCCACCUCAACAGCAAGGACAAAGCAAAGGCUUUGGACAAAGCUCUCAGAUACUUUGACAAGAUGAAGGGGAUGGAACGGUGCCAACCCAACAUUGUGACAUAUAAUAUUCUUUUGAGAGCUUUUGCACAAUCUCGAAAUGUAGAGAAAGUUAACUCUUUGUUUAAGGAUCUUGAUGAGAGCAUUGCUUCCCCUGACAUCUACACGUAUAAUGGUGUAAUGGAUGCAUAUGGGAAAAAUGGGAAUAUCAGAGAAAUGGAAUCUGUUCUUUCUCGCAUGAAAAGUAAUCAGUGCAAGCCUGACAUCAUCACCUUCAAUUUGCUGAUUGAUUCAUAUGGGAAGAAACAACAAUUUGAUAAGAUGGAACAGGUAUUUAAGAGCUUACUUCAUUCCAAGGAGAAACCAACACUUCCUACAUUUAAUUCAAUGAUCAUAAAUUACGGGAAGGCAAGGCUUAAGGAGAAAGCAGAAGAUGUGUUCAAGAAGAUGAUUGACAUGAAAUACACACCAAGCUUCAUAACCUAUGAGAGUCUUAUCAUGAUGUAUGGGUUCUGUGAUUGUGUUUCAAAAGCUAGGGAGGUAUUUGACAGGUUGGCUGACUCUGGAAAGGAGCUAAAAGUGUCAACGCUUAAUGCGAUGCUUGAUGUCUACUGCAUGAAUGGUUUGCCUGUGGAAGCUGAUAAGCUUUUUGUGAACGGAAAUAGUGUUGGGGUGCGCCCAAAUGUAUCAACAUAUAAACUUCUUUAUAAGGCGUACACUAAAGCCAACAUGAAGGAGCUUCUAGAGAAACUGCUGAAGUGCAUGGACAAAGAUGGUAUUGUCCCUAAUAAGAGGUUCUUUCUAGAGGCUCUGGGAGCAUUUUUCUCUUCACCAGGGAGUCCAGGGUCCCUGACUGCAACCACUGGUUUGAGCAGGCCACAGGAUGGAACAAAAACUUAG